GAUCGAACUUCAUCACGUAUCGAAACACAAAUGCGUUCACUGCAACUUGCUGUCUUCUACCAUAUUUCGCGAGCACUUUUCAAAGCCGAUCGUCUCAUGUUCGCUUUGUCGUUCGUUCAUGGAACCAUACCCAAAAUGUUCCAACCAAAGGAAUGGGAACUUUUCACUGGACUGAUUGUGGAUGAACCACAAUCAACAGUCAAGGAAGUGGCAUGGAUUGAUAACAGCCGUCGCUCGGCUGUGGCAAAGAUUCAGGUAAUUCAUGUGGUUUCUUUGUUAUUGUUUCAACUCAUAUCUGGUUACUUUGAGUGA